UACACCUAAACAUCAUUGCUGGACUGCUCUUUCUCUUGGUAAUGGGUUUCUCCUUCUUCUUCUCCUCUUCUUCCUCCUCUGCUUCUCCGGGCUCUGAUGUCACUCAGGAGAAGAAAAGCAAACGCAGGACGCAGCAGGACAGCAGCAGCAGCAGCGAGAGCAACGGUAACGGCGCCAACAGCGCGAGCGCGGGUGGCGGUGGCAUGAGGUACCUCGGCGUGCGUCGUCGGCCGUGGGGCCGGUACGCGGCGGAGAUUCGCGACCCGGCGACCAAGGAGCGGCACUGGCUGGGCACCUUCGACACGGCGGAGGAGGCGGCCGUCGCGUACGACCGCGCCGCCCGCACCCUCCGCGGGGCCCGCGCGCGCACCAACUUCGCUUACCCAGACCUCCCGCCCGGCUCCUCCCUCACCCCCUUCCUCUCCCCCGACCUCCAGCCCCCGCCCUCCUCCUUCACCCUCUCCGCGCCAUCGCCGAUACAGGACUCCGGUCACCACGCGGCCGCCGCCUUCCCAGCUCUGGGAGGUCAGGGCGACUACAAUGCUAUUGCGGACAGUACAAUCUCCGACGACGGGACCCAUUACUACUACCACAACCAGCAGCAGCAGGAGGAUGGGUUACAGUACACGGCCUCGACGCUGCCGGCGUCUCAGCCGGCGGUGGCGUUUCCUUGGGAGUCGAGUGGUGCUUCGGCAGCGGGUGAGGAGGACAUGGCGGCCAUGUGGUGCGACCCGGGGGAGUUCGGCGGGUACGGCUCCCCGGCCUCGCACGGGAUCUUCUUUGAGGAAGGCUACGUGCACAGUCCCCUGUUCGGGCCGAUGCCGACGGUGGACGACGCCGCCGCAGACGGGUUCCAGCUCGGUGGCUCCUCCUCCUCCUCUUACUACUACUGACGAGUACGUAAAAGCUCGGGGUCUGCAGUUUGGUUGCGCGCCCGCCGGUGGACGUGGCGUUUUCCUUUUGGGUUUGGUCAGGUUUGGCUCUCUUCUCCUCUGGAGAUUAGCUGGGGCCUUUUAAGAGUCUCUUCUCUUCCUCCUCCCUUUUAACCUUCUCUUCAAACUCCUCCCUCUACAUUGUAUGUAUUGCUUUCUAUUGUCUCUCCAGUGAUCCUUGUUGA